AAUUAAAAAAAAUCUUUUGUUUCAGAUGCGAAAAUUUGUUCACGAGGCUCACACUUCAGCUAUAACACUUGGCAUUAUGUUUCCGAUUUUAGAAACCAUUUUUACAUUUAUCGUCAAUAAUUUGAACCAACAUAGCCAACUGAAUUCUCUAAUCGUUGGAAACUUGAACAAAGUAAUUAACGAAAGGAGAAUGAAUCCUGAUUUGCGGAGCAUGGAUGUACUUCAACUUAUGCUCGACUCUAGCGAGGAAGAUAGCAAAAGUAGCACAAAAUUGUCGACAAAAGAAGUCGUAGCAAAUGCAUUCUUGGUUGUGAUUGGUGGAUACGAAACUACUUCUACUGCUCUUGCUUUCACACUUUAUUUGCUGGUGAAGCAUCCAGAUAUUCAAGAACGCCUUUUCGAAGAAAUUGACCAAGCUCCUGAUAACAACUACACAACACUUCAAG